AUGGUUGACGCAGUAAAAGAGAACAGAACUGACUAUGAAGAAAAGUUAGUACAGUACAACCGACGGUUGGCGUUCAACAGGUCAAAGCACAACCGGUUGGAAAAGACCAGGGAUGAGGCGAAGGUCGUGUACGAGAGAGAUCGGGAACGGUUCGUGGAUGUAAUGAGCGAGUGCGGCCGACUGAUAGCCCGGCGGCAGGCCGGUAUCGACGAAUGCGAAGCUUUGACAAGGCAGUUGAUUUCUCAGGUGGCCGCGUAUCAGGCUACCUGUGACGAGCUGUAUGAACGUAGGUGUGUUCAGUACGACAGGGUGUUAGGUGACUUCGAUUCCAAAAAGACGUUGUUCAAGAGCAAGUAUGAGGGCGUUUACGAUAAGAACAGGCAAAGAAUUGCACUCAUGGACAAAAUUACUCGAGUGUCUGAUAUCAAAAAUGAUCGCAAGGUAUUCCGUAUCUAUAUUAUUAUUACGGGAUUUCUUCCUAUCGUAGUCAAACUAACUAGUAAAUUUUUUUGAUUCAAAUAAGAAAUAACUCAUUAAUUUACUAUCAUACAGUCACAAAGAGUAACUCCAUAAGUUACAAGCAAACAGAAAGUAACUUUUUGUAACUUUGUAACUAGUUAUUUCCCAGCUUUGAAUAUAACUAAAAUAACUACAGCAUAUAUAAUAUCGACACAGUGAUACAUUAAAUUACAAUUUUAAUUUUCGUAUCGAACAAUAUACCCACCAACCCAUUUCAAAAAUGAAACAAUUGCUUCAAAUUCAAAUUGUCUUACAUUCCGUCGCCACUGAUUAGUAUUCAAUUAUAUACCUUCUAAUAUAUGUGUACUAAUGUAAAUAUCAUAUAUACUAAUUAUGUAGACAGAAUACAAACAACAUACUAUUAUCAUUAAUAUUGUAUUGCAAUUAAUUUCAUAAUUUACAUUUAUGGUAAUUGUAUUUUAACAUAAUAUUUGCUGAAUAAAUUAUAGACAAUAUUAUAAACAUUUUAUUACGGUAGUAAAUCACAAAAUAGUUUUUCAAAUAAUUAAAUACAAUUUCUAUAAUAUUACAUUGUGACAUAAUGAUUAUGCAAAAAGAUAACUUAUUUCAUAGUUAUCUGACGUAAGAUAUAAAUAAACCCCAUAAAUAUGAGAUAAAUAGAAAGUCUAAGCACACAUCAGAAUAGUGAUAAAGUUAAGAGAUAAUAAAUUAUCAUAAACAAUAUAAUAUUCGUGAAUAAUUCGCUAUUUUAAGAAAACCCAUAGAGAAGGUGUGUUUGCUGCUGAACAAAUACUGACAGUCCGGAUGACGAUAUUCAAUAAAGAAAAAGAAAAAGGAAUCGCAGAUAUGUUCGAAACAAUCAUAAUGAACUACAAUAGCGAUUAUAUACAGACCAUAUCGAAUUAUAAGGAUCACUUUAAAGUAAAGUAUUUUACGAAAGUAGAUGCAUCUAACACAGAAAAAACAUGAGAGAUUGAAAUCACACCAAAUACCAUCAUUAUUCAUUUAUCUUUUCUUCGUAUCUUUGGGAUUUGCUGUGUUUUAUUUAGGUAGCUAAAUAAGUCUAGUAGCCAUUUUACUAGCCUUUGAUCAUAGACUCAUAGAUCAGAAUUGAAUAGUUCAUAUAGUCAAAUAAAUGUGUAGUUUUUAUUAAAGCUAAUGCGUAAUACUGUCUAUGUACAAAUCACAAUUAUUGAAUUUGUUGAUUACAUUCACGGAUACUAUUUAACAGUUACUUAGACUUUUUGAAACAUUUCAUAAUAUUAAGUUUUUUAUUUGUCGAUAUUCGGUUUUUGGUCUUAUAUUUUUGCAUAUUUAAAAUCAUAUUCUAAUUUCAAUUGAGACAUGAGUCCUCAUGUCAAUGUCAGGUAAAUUUAGAGUGUGUUGUUGAGAGACUUUUACCCCUAACAAUAACCCUGUUUUUCAACUAUAUAAAUAAAAUUUUAAAAUAUUUUCCCAUAAUAUUGUCUAUUUCUAUAUUAGAAAAACUAUCGUUAUAUCGAUACGCCGCAUACAAAAAAAUAAAUAUUAUAAUUAGAACUCCCACACCCAUUUGCACCUAAUACACUUUAAAUUUAAGUAGUGAACUCUUUCAGUUAACGCUUUUCAAUUUUUGAUUAAAUUUUUUUUUUUUUAUUCAAAGUGUCACACGAAAAUGUAUAUAUGACAAUAUCUCCUGGAAUAAUAAGGAUAAUCAAUUUUUGUUUGUUUUUUAUACAUAUAUAUAUUACUCACGGUGAUUAGGACUACAAAUAUUUAUAUUCGAAUUCAAUUUUUAUUAAUUUUUAUUAUUAACAAAUAUUUAAAAAAACAAACAUACGAGUACUUCGCACAUAGGUUCAACCACUAUUUUAAGUGGAAACUUGGGACAGUAGGAUACAGACGAGAAUCGUAUGCAUAUCUGUAAACAACGAUAAACCAUUGAAAACGAAAUAACGAUUCUAAAUGGAGUUCAGUUGAUAGAACACUAUCAAUUGUUGACAUGGUAACAACCUUGUCAACAAUAUAUAUAUAUAUAUCAUAUUAUGGUAAAAUAAUAAUAUGUCCAUUAAACAUUUUCUUUAUUAAUAUUUAUUUAAUAUUGUACAUAUUUUCCUAUUCUCCCGUUUUAUUCUCACUUUUUUCAAUAUAUUAAAAGAACUUUUGACUGAGAAAUUAAAAAAAAACUUCUCUAAAGUACCACUCCAAACGGAUUUCCUUUCAGAAAAAAGGCUAUCAUUGUAAAUUGGAACGAAAUUGCUUGUAGAAAAGCUAUCGGGAGAAAAAUAUAUAUAUAUAUAUCUUUGUAAAACCAUAACCUUUUUCGCUCCACUCAGAAUCUAUUACAUGGAUAAAUUUCGCAGGAUGGGUCACUGUUGUAGGUGAAAAGUAGGGAAGGUGAAACAAAGAGAGGAAAACCAGGUUCGGCUUUGGACUUGAUUAAAGAGUUAGAAUGAUAUUAAAAGAAAUGAGUAGCACUUUAAAAAACUACGUGGGUGGAAGUAGGGACUAUUAAAAUGUCUCAAAUUCAAUGCGAACACACUUUUAAUAACAAUAGAUAUAAGAUUUAUAACUCUAUUUAUUUAUUUAUUUCAUUCAUGUGCAGGAAGUUACCGACAAUCAAAAAAAAUAUUUCACUUUAAAAAAAAAUAUAACACAGCUUGUUGGACAACACAGAUUUAAUGAACGAGAAAUGCUCUUACAGUUGGAAAAAAUAAAAGCAUUAUUAAAAACUGAUAAUUCGUUGGACAGAAAAAUAGACGUAUUAACUGUAAAAAAAGAAACUGCCACAAUGGACAAACAACGGUUAAUCACAGAAAAUUUGAGUCGGAAAAUUAUACGAGAGGAAAACACCAAAUAUAUUGACACUUUAAAGAGCCUUAAAAAUAAUACGGAAAAGGAAAGAGAUUUGUUAAACACCAUAAAACAAGAUAUAAUGCAAGUUAGUGUUCCCGGACAUUAUAUACUAUUAUACUAUUUUAGAUUCUGAACAGAGCGAGAAAUGUAUUAGUUUUACUAUGAUGUUUAUUUUUUAUACUGUGCACAACAAUUUGAUCAGAAAUAUUGCUUUGAUAUGUACUUGCGGCACCAUUUCUGAAAGAAAAUAUAGUCUAGAUGGUAUUUUAGGAGGCCAUUUUUUGGUGUCCAUAAUUUCUGGGAAAACCACAGAUAAAACGAUUUGUAUUAUUUUCCAUUUUGUUAUUUCUUGUAAUUUAGUUAAAAAUAUUCGUAAAGACUUGAAAUAUAAACAGAAAAAUUAUUUUUUUCCUUUUAUAGCCAUACUAACAUUUUCAAAAAGUUUGAGCUAUUUUUUUUUUAGCUAUUGGAGACAUUUUAUUUUUGCAAGUUUCGUACGUAAUUUUUAUUACGGCACCUACUCUGUGGUAAAAUUGUUAGACUAAACAGAAAUGUUUAAAAAUUUAACAGGAAACUCAUAAAAAAAAUCGUAUUUUGUGGUAAAACAAAAAAAAUUUGAGCUUAAAGUAGUAUUUUUUAUUUUUUUUUUUUUCAACGAAUUUUAAUAUCAAAUUUUGACGAAAUUCGUUUGAGUAAAAAAUUACGUGGAACAAUUCUAAACGGGUGCAGCCUCUGUUAUAUGUAAUUUAUGUAUACCUGUAAGCAGUGAUAAACGAUUCUGAGCGGAGUUCAGUUGAUAGUGAUGCUUUGACAACAAUAUAAUAUAAUAUGUCAUAUAAUUAAAUAAAAUAAUUUAAAUAAAUAUAAUUUAAUAUAAUAAAAUAAGUAUUUUAAUUAUUAAAUUAAUAAAAUAAAAGUAAUUAAGUAAUUAAAUAAGAGUAAAAUAAUUAAAUAGGCAUUAUAUAUUAUCUUUAAUAAUAUUUGCUUAAUGUACCGAUUUCCCGUUUUUUUUUUUUAAUUUCUCACAUUUAAUGAAAAAAUUAUUUUAAAAGUCGAAAAAUAACUUGCUUAAAGUACCUACCUACACUGAUUUCCUUUCAGAAAAAAUGCUACACGUAAAAAUCAGAGCAAGUUUUUUGGUAGAAAAAUUGUCCACAGGAAAAAAAAAUAAACAUCUUUGUAAAACCACAAGCUUCUUCGCUCCACUCAGAAUCUAAAAUUUCAAAAAAAUCUAUUAAAGCAGAACAUUAAUUUGUGACUUAAAAAGAGAUUAUUGUAUUUACGUGACGUAAUUCACGUACUGCGGACAAAUAGAGAGGAAGAACACACGUCCGUGAAGUUUGCCCCUAAAAUUUAUCCAAAGUUUUCAAAAAUUAGGCCAUCAAUUUGCAAGUAGUUUACGAGAAUUUUCAAUUCUAUUUUUAUAAUUUGCAAGUGCGUAUUACAGCGUAAAUUUGAGAUUUUCGCUUUGAGGGAUCAACUUCACACAGCCCCUCAACUUUAUCCUAGAAAGUCCAAAUCGGUGUUAAAACAUUCUCUGUUAUUUAGAAAAGUUUGAAAAUUUAUUAUCAAAAUUUGCAAAUAUGUUCCGUGGCCAAAACGAGCUUUCAAAUUUGUAUACUUGAACCCUUAACUUUUUCCCAGAGAGUCUAAACUGGUGUCACAAUAUUCUAUGUAGUUUGCAAGGGUUCCCAAGUUCAUUCUCAGAAUUUCCAAGUAGAUUGCUUGACCAGAAUGAGUUUUACAAGUUUUGUACUUGGUCCUUAGGCAAGUCCAAACCAUUAUCAAAACAUUUAACUAAUGUUAAUGUUAUAAUGACAUUAUUCAUUUAUACAUUUAUAUUCAGAGCGUAGCUAUACAAGAUGUGAUCAAAAAGUUCGAGGACUAUUUAAAUUGCGUCCCAACGUCCAAAAGCAGUCGGAUUUAUAUCACUGGGUACUGUCAAUCCUUCGAAGUCUAUAACUAUAACUUUUUUUGUUUCGAUGUGACCGAUAUUUUCUUAAAAUAUUUUUUUCGCAUUUGGCAAUUUUGUAAUAAAUCCAAAAGAAAUAUUGUUUGGGGAGAGAAGAAGGGAGUUGGUUGGUGAAGACUUUUCUUUCUUUUGUAUGAUAACAGAAUAUGAUGCAGGUGAUUAUUAUUAUGGUAGAUUGUCAAAUGUUUUUUUUUUAUUAUAUACCUUACCAAAAUGUUCCUGAUUAACCUGAACUUGAACCUCCCUCUAUAUUCUCAAGAAAUCUUUCACUCGGCACAUUUGCAGUUUCUCAGUUGGAAUUUGUUGGCAAAAGUCAUGUGAAACGUUACAUUCAUCUACCAAACAAGAUUCUGUCAACAAAACGUAAGGAAAAAUACUCCCUCCCCCUCAAAAAAAAGCUCUUCUUUUGGAUUCAUUACGAAAUCGCCAAAUUUGAAAGAAGGUUAUAGACAAUCUACAAAAAUCGAUGUGCUCAGGAAAAGUUAAAAAACCCAGUGAUGUAUUCCCUACUGCUCUUAGACGCUCCACUGGCGCACAAUUCAAACAGUCCUGAAACUUUUUGAUCACACCUCGCAUAUUAGUUAUAAUAUUUUAAAAAAUUAUUUUUGCCAAAAUUUAAUAUACUGCUCAUUUGUUUUUUUUUUUUUUUUUUUUUAUUACCAAAAAUUAUGACACUUCUCUUUAGUCUAACAGUUUUAACCAUAGAGUACCUACAAAAUAAACAUUUCUUAAAAAACUUGUAAAAUUAAAAUCUUUAUAAAUAACUCAAAAUUUGUUCAAAAUUUGAUCACAUUUAGAAAAAGCAAAUAUUAUUUUUUAUCAAAAUUUCAAGUAAUAUUUUUAAGUGAAUGACAUUACUGAAACAAAGUUUAAAAUAAUAAAAGAUUUAUUUAUAUAAAUUUUCUCGUUCUUUCUACAUAUUAUUGUGUUUUGCUCAAUUAUUACAAUAAUUACAUAGAAAAUUAAAAAGACCCUUGGUCACCAUAUAAAUAAAAAAAUAAACAAAAAGAGAUCUUUAGUCUUUUUUUUAUUAGAGUAAUAUUUUUGAUAUAAGCAUACACAUUUUAAAUAAUGAAAACGUAACGCUGUAAAUGUGUCAGUUUUCAUUUUAUGUUUUUACUUGGAUUUUCCAAAUUAUAAUGAAAACCUCUAGAAAAAUUAAAAAAUGCACCAACUAGAUAAAAUUUCCUUUCAGAAAAGAUGCAACACUUGAUACUCCGAAGAAACAUUUUUGGUAGACUAGUUAGACACAGACAGACAAAAAUAAAUUUAGAAAAAUCAAUAGAUCCCUCGCUACGCUACGAAUCUAAAAUAAUCAUUGUUGUAAAACCAAAAAAUUCCUUAUUUCGCUCAGAAUCUAAAAUAAGCACACAUCAAUACUACUAAUAUAUUUUUCGCUACGUCAAAAUAUAAAAGUGGUACACAAAACAACAAACGUAAAGUAAAAGAGUAAAACAAUAUUAUAGUAAGCAACUCUAUGAGUAAAUUAAUUUUUAUUAUUUUACUUUUUGUUUAGUGAGUUUAUUUAAAUAUUUAAUGAAUAGAAUAUUUAAUUUUCGAUUGUAUUAAAGAGUUUUUAUUUUGACAAUUCAAGUAAAUGUUUUCUAAAAGUGAGAGGCUUGUCAACAAACUCGCAUCUUAUAAUUUACGCACUUUCGAGUAAGUCUCCCCCUGACAAUUCAAUGCGCCGACUAAAACGUCAAUGGUACAGAGAUUUACUCGAAUAAGUUCAUAAUAAAAUAAAAUCACAUUGGGUUCCAUCAAUGGAUAACCUACCUCCUCAUAUCAUUUUGUAAUUAAUAAUAAUUCUGUAUAUCUGUCAUCAUAACAUUUUCCUAUUGUGCUUAUAUUGUUAUUUUUUCUAAUAAAUAUAAAAAAUAAAAAUAAAAGAGUCUAUUAAUUUAACCUAUUUAGAUAAAUUUCCAUUAAAUUUGAUUUGAUUGUGCCUAUUUUUUUCCCUAUACAGCUACGCGAUGUUCAAAAACAAAAGUACGAUUAUCUGAAACAACUUACGGACCAUAUAGCGACGAUUGCAAUGGAACUAAACAAAUUUACGACCGGAGAAAAACAAUUGGAAGAUUAUCCGGAAAUCAUACAUUGGCUAUUAAAUGUUUUAAACCCAUUAUUGGUGAACUGUAAGAUAAAUACAGAUUGUUAG